AUGAGGAAAUAUAACUACUCAGUCAAAGAGAUAGAAAGAAUGCGAAACGACUAUGCAGACUUAAAGAAAGAAGCAGAAAAGCCAGCAGAAGAUAAAAUGGAUAUGUUGACAUUUCUUAAUAAAAACUAUCCAACAGCAGAAGAUUUCCUUCUGUCUGACGUCAAGAAGAAAUAUAAAGAAACCUUCGGCAUUGUUAAAACUUUUGAUGUACUAAAAGAAGAAAUAGAAGCUACGAAAUUGUUUAGGAUUUCAAAUAUACAUCGUACAAUUCAUGUAAAACGCUUGUGA